AUUAUAUCUUUUAGUUUAGAUACAAAAAGACAAACGACCAAGUGGGUUCUGUUAGAAGGAAUUUAAUUGGCUGUUUGAUAGUGAUAUGGUUGGUUAGCCCCGCGCUUUUCUUAGACUACACUUGAAAAUCUCGAAAACGAUGCGUAUAAAAUGAAGAGCUUCUCUUCUUGCUGCUUCAAGAGUCGAGCUUUUAACAAGACAAAUCGCAGCCAAAAACAUCUUCAGAGAUCUAAAACCAUGGAGAACCCACAGGUGAAUAAUGGCAAAUUAGAGAUUGGAAACCCAAUGAUGACCAGUUCGAGCAGCGACAAUGCCGGAAAUAUUAUAAUAAACCAUGACUUCUCUGAGGGACUGCAUUCCUGGCAUCCAAAUUGCUGUGAUGGUUUUGUGGUUUCAGCAGAGUCAUGUCACCCAGGUUUCUUACCAAACUCAGGUGGCAAGUAUGCAGCUGUUUCAAAUCGAAAAGAAUGCUGGCAGGGCUUGGAGCAAGAUAUCACAAGUAGGGUUUCUCCAGGUUCCAGUUAUUCAGUUUCCGCAUGUGUUGGAGUAUCAGGACCUUUUCAGGGACCUUCUGAUGUCCUUGCAACUUUGAAACUGGAAUACCGAGAUUUACCAACUGACUUUUUGUUCAUCGGAAAAACUUGUGUGUCAAAGGAGAGAUGGGAAAAGUUGGAAGGUACAUUCUCACUGUCAACCAUGCCUAACCGAGUCGUGUUUUACUUGGAAGGCCCUUCUCCUGGUGUGGACUUGCUUAUUGAUUCAGUAAUAAUUACCUGCUCCAGUCAAAGCGAGUCCAAUAAUAAAAGAAAUAGAUGUGACGAUGGUGGAGAUGGAGACCAGAACAUCAUCCUAAAUCCCAAAUUUGAGGAUGGCCUGAAUAAUUGGUCCGGUAGAGGCUGCAAGGUUGUCUUACAUGAUUCUAUGGAAGAUGGGAAAAUUGUCCCCAUGUCCGGAAAAGUUUUUGCAUCUGCAACUGAGCGUACCCAGAGCUGGAAUGGGAUUCAGCAGGAGAUAACUGGCAGAGUACAGAGAAAACUUGCUUAUGAGGCCAUUGCUCUUGUCAGGAUAUUUGGUAACAAUGUCACUAAUGCUGAUGUACGGGCUACUUUAUGGGUCCAAACACCAGAUUUCCGAGAACAAUAUAUAGGAAUUGCCAAUCUGCAGGCAACAGAUAAGGACUGGGUACAGUUGCAGGGAAAGUUCCUUCUAAAUGGUUCCCCUAAAAGAGUAGUGAUUUACAUAGAAGGUCCACCUGCAGGCACUGAUAUUCUUGUCAAUAGCUUUGUUGUGAAGCAUGCAGAGAAAAUCCCUCCCUCGCCUCCUCCAUUAAUUGAGAAUCCUGCUUAUGGAGUUAAUAUAAUUCAAAAUUCUAAUCUGAAUGAUGGAACCAAUGUCUGGUUUCCUCUUGGUAAUUGCACUCUUAGUGUUGCAACUGGCUCACCACAUAUACUUCCUCCAAUGGCAAGGGAAUCACUUGGUCCUCAUCAACCAUUAAGUGGUCGUUACAUCCUUGUCACUAAACGUACACAGACUUGGAUGGGCCCUGCACAGAUGAUCACAGAUAAAAUUAAACUAUUCUUGACAUACCAGGUAUCCGCAUGGGUUAAGAUUGGUUCUGGAGCAACUGGUCCUCAAAAUGUGAAUGUUGCACUUGGAGUGGAUAACCAGUGGGUCAAUGGUGGGCAAGUUGAGAUUAAUGAUGAUAGAUGGCAUGAAAUUGGCGGCUCCUUCAGAAUUGAGAAGCAACCAUCUAAGGUCAUGGUUUACGUCCAAGGCCCUGCUCCAGGUAUUGAUUUAAUGCUUGCUGGACUUCAGAUUUUCCCUGUUGACCGAGAGGCGCGAUUCAGACAUUUGAAGAGGCAGACUGACAAGAUUCGGAAGUGCGAUGUCACCCUGAAAUUCUCAGGUGUGGAUUCACACAGUUUACUCGGUACCUUUGUUAAAGUCAAACAAACACAAAACAGUUUCCCCUUUGGUUCAUGCAUUAGCAGGACGAACAUAGAUAAUGAAGAUUAUGUCGAUUUCUUUGUGAAAAAUUUCAACUGGGCUGUGUUUGGAAAUGAGUUGAAAUGGUAUUGGACAGAGGCACAGCAAGGGAACUUUAACUACAGAGAUGCUGAUGAGAUGUUGGACCUCUGUAAGAAAAACAACAUCGAGACCCGGGGUCACUGUAUCUUCUGGGAAGUGGAAGGCACCGUCCAGCCAUGGAUUAAGGCUCUGAAUAAAAAUGACUUGAUGACAGCAGUUCAAAAUCGUCUAACAGGACUCCUCAAUCGGUACAAGGGAAAAUUCAGGCAUUAUGAUGUGAACAAUGAGAUGCUGCAUGGAUCAUUCUAUCAAGAUCGAUUAGGUAAAGAUAUCCGGGCAAACAUGUUCAAGACCGCCAAUCAGCUAGAUCCAUCUGCCACUCUCUUUGUGAACGAUUAUCACAUUGAGGAUGGAGAUGACACCAGAUCAUCUCCAGAGAAGUACAUUGAACAGAUUCUGAAUUUGCAAGAACAAGGUGCACCUGUUGGUGGAAUUGGGAUUCAAGGACAUAUAGAUAGUCCAGUCGGGCCUAUUGUUUGUUCUGCACUGGAUAAAUUGGGCAUUCUUGGUCUUCCAAUCUGGUUUACGGAGCUUGAUGUAUCUUCCAUUAAUGAAUACGUUAGAGGGGAAGAUUUAGAAGUUAUACUUCGAGAAGCUUUUGCACAUCCUGCAGUGGAUGGCAUUAUGUUGUGGGGAUUUUGGGAGUUGUUCAUGAGCCGAGACAAUGCUCACUUGGUUAAUGCAGAAGGUGAACUCAAUGAAGCUGGUAAAAGAUACCUCGCUCUUAAAGACGAGUGGCUGACUCGUGCUCACGGCCAUAUUGAGGAGCAAGGAGAGUUCACAUUUAGAGGAUUUCAAGGUACAUACAAACUGGAAAUUAAUACUAUUUCUAAGAAGAUCACAAAGACAUUUGUUGUUGACAAGGGAGACUCUCCCGUUGUGGUAUCCAUAGACUUGAACUAAGUUCUUUGCUGCUGCUUGAUGAAUGAAGAAGCUAUUACGUUUUUUAUGUUUUCAGUUAUCAUGUAAAUAAACGAAGCAUGUAUUGUAUUUGCUGAAUUGGGAUGUUGACACGAUCCUUUACAUUGUAUACUCAAAACAAAUAUACCAGAAAAGAAGAAAAAUAGUUUGUAAUAUUUGCGUUGUGAUAUAAGAAACAAGAGUCCUUUUCUUUGGUUGUGAAA